ACUGCUGCAUCCAGAGGAAGCCGGUCUGUACUAUAACAACCCUGUCUGUAGUGAAGGACUGUCAGUUGUUGUUUUUUGUUCGUGUGAGAAGGUUAAAAGAAGUCACAACAAUCUCUCAACUGAUGCUGUUUGCGUGUAAGUGAUGGUGUGAGGAGUCGGUGAAGGGAGACUCAUGCGCAAAAAUGCGAAUUAUUCUCCCUUUGCUGUGUGUUCUGUGCGCCACACCGGUCCACGGCAUUUUUGACGGAACCUGUCCCAGAAAAGACCCUCCCCCUGGUGUGUUGGUUUUAUCCCCUCGCAGUUCAUUGGUUUUGACCUGCAGUGGCCAUGUGGAGGUGGAUGGAGUAAAGGUCAGCAUUGCCAGACAAGGCUCAAACACCAACAGAAGAGGGAGUUCUUCUGAUGCAACCCCAACAACCACUGUAAACAUUAGAAGCAACACUGACGUUUCAAUGAAAAGUGACAAGCAGACUGUGGAGAAUACUGUAAGUGAGGGAUACCACCCUGACCUGACUGAUGCGGGAGAAAACAGAAGCUUCGGGCGUACAGCUACAGGAUACACAGCUUCUCCCACCACUCACACGGUCUGGCAAACCAGCGUGAGCAGACUGCUAAAGAAUGAAUCCGACUGGGAGGCUAAGGACAUGUAUGGCGAGAGCGAUUACGAGGAGGAGGAGGAGGGUGAGGAAGGGAGCAGAGUAACAAGGGGCAUAAAGUCAAGGCUACAGUGGAAGUGGAACAAUAGGACGGUGGGGAAAGGAGACAGAGACUGGGGAGAAAUCACAUUUGACAGAAGAAGGGCGUCACUGUCUCUGUCCUCAGUAAGACUGACAGACUCUGGGAGGUACAGUUGUUAUCACAGAGGCAGAGAGAGGUUCUCCUUAAAAGUAAACAUUGUAGAUCCUCCAGAGAAUACCAGCCUGUCCUGCUACAAAAGGUCACCCAGCAGUAAGAUCCGCUGUGAGUGGGCACCCCAGAAGCCCGUCACUAUAAGACCUAACUGUUACCUCUUUCUCAGUAAAAGCCUGGCAGAGGGUUUCCGUCGUUCACAGUGCUCAUACUCAUCUCGGCGCUCCCGCUGUUGGUGUGCUCUGGAACACAAUUGGGACGAGCUGAGAACCCCUCACAUGGCCUACCUGUGUGUUACGAGCAUCGCUGGCAACACCACCAGCGCCCUGCUGCACUUCAUGCCUAUGGACAUUUUAAAGCCAGACCCUCCAUCAGAUGUGUCAAUUCGACAGGAGGAGGGACAGGAGAUGAGGAUGACGGUCAGCUGGAGUUUGCCGAUCUCCUGGAUGCCUGAUGACCACUAUUAUAAACUAAUUUACGAGAUUAAAUACCAACCUCUCAAGUCCUCCUUUUGGCAGAGACAUAGGAUUGAGGACCAGCAGCGCUCCUACACGAUCACUGAUGCAAUGCCUGGUGUUGAGUACCUGAUACAGCUCAGAACUAGAGACGAGUAUGAUGGUCAGUGGAGUGACUGGAGUACACCUGCCACCAGAUGGACAGUGGAUGGAGGACAGACACUAUCUCCAUGGAGUUUUGGGAUAGAUGCCACAACGUUUCCAGUAUACAUAGAAGGCUCUGGUACAGAUGAAGAUGUAUCUGAUGUUCCUCAACCUUCUCCAAUUGGAGUGGCGAUGUCACGUCACAUCCUGUGGAUCUCCUGUGGUUCACUUGUUCUCUUGUCGGUCAUUUUGGCUGCCUACAUAUUCAGACACAAGGACAGAUUUUUGUCUAAACUCCAGAGUCUGAGUGUCAUCACCAAGUGUGGUAACUCUACUCAGCCUCCGCCCUCCACCCCAACUCCCCCAGAAGGGCAGGCUCUGGUGACCUUUACCCCUGCUCAUUGCCAAGAACCCCCACUGAGCAAAGUAGAAAAUGAAGAAGAACAGUGGGUGAAGGACAGGAUAGAAGCCAUGCACUUCAACAACACAAGUUAUUUUUUUCUCACUAGGGAGUGAUGAGCAGGUAGAAAAGGGAAUAAAACUAUCCAAACCCAGUGUCACAGAUGACAAAAGGAUAAUGGACUUAAGAUUGUUGUGGUUCUUCAAAGAGCUUGUAUAGUCUGAAUCUCUUUCUAUCUGUAACUAAUGCCUAAAAUACCUCUAAAUUCUUUGUGUUGUUAUAUUUGUCUUAAGUCGUCUUUUCCGUGUCUGUGCCAAUAUAGUGUGUUGAUAAACUGUAGAGUAGAUGUAAUAAGCCUGAGUCUAGCACCACCUCAUGUUUGUAUAUACUGUAAUUGUAUUCAGGUUUAUCAAAUAUAUCACUUGCAUCCCU